AUGACUUCGGCUUACGACUCGGUUGUCGGGAUGAUUCAAUAUCUUCUCGACUCUGGCUCCUCUCACGACGAGAUCCAAGCCGCUGCACGGAGCCUGACCGACCAAGAAGGGCAAGAGAUCCACUCACGGGAGAAGACACUCGUGGUUCUUGAUGCCUGUGCCGCCGAUUCUUCAAAGGCCUGCGGGAACCUGGUAUCUGCCAUUGGUGUUUUGUCUGCGACCUUGCGCGCUAUUGACUGGGACUCGAAGCCAUCCAGCCCGUUUGAGAAGCAGGCUGAAAUAGACAUUCUUCAAGCAAAUGUCGGGGAUAUUGGGAAGGCUCGAGAAUUUCUGGACAAGAUUCGUGGGGAAGAUUUUAUUAAAUUCACCGAGAACACGACGGUCCCCGACGGGUUUUUGCAUUUCCUCAAGAACGACUGGGCCAUGGCUGUCAAAGCAUGGGUUGAGAACGGAGCUGAUAUCCAACUAGAACUUCCCGAGAAGGCAGCCACUGGCUCGCUAACGUUCUACAAGCAAAUCGCGAAAUUCUGGCAAGCCUACACUGACUCCCUAAAGACACUCUUGAAACGCGAUUAA